UCAGCUAUCCCCGUUAUUUGUCUCAAAACUAUAUGAUGGCUGUAGUAUCUGCGACCUCUAACGGUGCAGAUGAAAACUCCUUUGCGGUAAAAGAGGAUAAAAAAGGAUGGUUAUCCAAGCGCACACAUUUUACGCACCGGUGGAAACCUGCAUGGUUUCAGUUGAAAGAAACUAAACUGUUGUAUGGAGAAAAUGAAGAGAAGCUUCUGAAGACCAUCAACCUGGUUGGGGCGGUGGUAGAGGCUGUUGAAGGAGGAGAUGGAUCAUUCGAAUGGACUAUUACGCCUAAGGACAGGAAACGGACCUUCUUCCUCCGGGCUGGCACCACAUCAGAACAGCAGGGAUGGAUGGAGGCUAUAUGUGAAGCACAGCUGAGCUCCAGGGACCAUGCUACUAAUGCUUGUGUUGUGCAAUAGACCUUUUGGAUUUUACAUAGAUUGUUUUAUACCUUUAUACUCAUGUAGGUCUACUGGACUGUGGCAAUGUGUGAUUUUUGUGUGUGAAAGUUUUGCCAAUAGGAGGCAUGGCAUUAAUAUGAUUUUUUAGACUUUAUAAAGCUUGUGUUUGCUUAAGUCAUGCCCUCAGUCUUCCAUAUCAUCAGUGCUGCUGAAACAACUUGAAUUGGGUUUUUCACUAUUCUACUUUUCACAUUACAUACACCUGUUAUCAUUAUUUGCUUUCAGUUUAAUUCCAUUCUUUAGAGAGCAAUAAUCCGCUACUAGACAUUGGUAGGAAUCUACUUUGGCAGGAUCUGUGCUUUUCAUGCUACAAGAAAGGAACCCAGUAGCCUAUGUAAUCCUUUUUGCUUCGACUCUGCAGUAGAACCAUUUCCUCUGCUACGUGUAUAAUACAUAUUGUUCUGACCUCAACCCCUUUUAUCUCCAUCUGUAUACAAUUGCAUAGCAGUGCCACUGGACCUGGCAAGAAUGUAUUGUAAAUAUUGACAGUUAGUUGCCAUGGUAAUGUAUAAUUCCCUUUCAGAGGAAUCCUGAUACGAAAGGAUUGGCCCAAUGGUCCAUAGAUGUGUGUGUGUGUGUGUGUGUGUGUGUGUGUGUGUGUGUGUGUGUGUGUGUGUGUGUGUGUGUGUGUGGAAAGACCUCAGGAAACACAGUAGUUGGAGGUUAAAGAUUAAAUAAAGGAAAGAGAAGACUGAGAUGGUUAAACGUAAUGAAACUGAAUCUGAGUGUGUGUAGAAAUAAAAAUACAGGUCAGCGCCAAACCUCAGGUUCAGUUGGAAAAUGAAGGAAGGUCAUCUCUCAAUGGAUGUUCCUCUUAGUCAAGUUCUCCUCUACCUUGGUGCCAGACCCAGACCACCCUCUGAGAGGCAUUGUCUGCAUUGCAAUUGGCAUCAUAUUCCUUAUAUAGUGCACUACUUUUGACCAGAGGCCUAUGGGCCCUGGUAAAAAAUAGUGCACUGUAUAAGGAAUAUGGUGUCAUUUGGGACGUAGGUUACACAGGUUACACAUAGUCAUCCAAACAUGCUCACAGAGAGGGAGAGGGAGAAAGAGUGUUUUAGACCUAAGAUCCAUCGUCAGCAGAAAAAUAAGUUGACUGUCAAGACAGAUGUGUUAUUAUUAACAGCAAGUCUUGAAAUGCAACAGUUUUCUAGUAUGAGUCAUGCACACAUUUCUAAAGCAAUACACACACAUAGCUCUAUGUCAGACAUCCAGUUCAAUACUCAGUGUGAGGCUGCUUACAAAAUGGAACCAUAUUCCCUAUAUAGUGCACUACUUUUGACCAGGCCCUUAGGGUUCUGGUCAAAAGUAGUGCACUAUACAGGGAAUAGGGUGCCAUUUGGGAUGCAGACAGUGUCUCUGUCAGCUUAUGUCAAGCCUUGCUUGAGGCGGGCAGAACAAGAAUCCAUCAGUCACACAGGAAGUCUGAACACAGGACAUCUAGAGAUACACUGCAGGUGUGGACCGUUCAGCACUGAAAGAAACAGGCUUUACAAAGGCAUUGAUGGAGAUUGUAUAUUGUGGAGGCACGUCAAGUCAAGGACCAAAAUAAAACCUUUUAUGACAUUGCCGCUUUAUUAUUCUGCACACACAUAUACAAUACAAAAUGUAAUUGUUUUGUUUAUUCAAUAAAUUAUAUAUUUUUGAGUUGGUGUAUUGGGAAUGUUAGCAUUGAAUUCCCUGUAAGUGUUCUCAAACUGCUGAAGUGAAGUGAUUAGUCUGUAAAGUAGUAGAAAAUAUCCUCCCCCCUGGUGUCAGAAGGGGGCAGUCUUUCCUUAAAAAAACAAUUACUUCUCAUGAUGUUCAACAAGUUGUGGAUUGUAUUGCCAGACAAAUGUAUGGCUACAAUGUUUUUAGAUAUUAUAGCAAACGCCUGUCAUUUAUCCAG